AUAACGAUGGCAAGUAAGAAGAAAGAAAUUCAGCUACAGGCAGUAAUACUCAGUCAAACACAAUGGGAUGAGAUGCUGCUGAAUAAAGGUCUAACAGUGGUAGAUGUUUAUCAGGCAUGGUGUGGACCUUGCAAAGCUGUAGUAAACUUGUUCAGGAAGCUAAAAAAUGAAUAUGGUGAAGAUAAUCUACUACAUUUUGCUGUGGCAGAGGCUGAUAGUGUGGUGACCCUGCUCCCAUUUAAAGAUAAAUGUGAACCUGCUUUUGUCUUCUGUCUGAAUGGCAAGAUGAUAGAUGUUGUAAGAGGAGCAAAUGGGCCCCUUCUAACUAGAAAAGUCAUAGAACUAAUUGAACUAGAAAGAAAAAUUGUGGCCGGAGAAGUGCAAAGGUCAGAG